AUGCAGAAGACCUGUGGUUCAUCUCCUCUUCUUUCUUACUUUCUUCAUUUUCACUUUCUCUUGCAUUUCUUUCUUUUUUUCUCUUCACUUUCACUAUCAUUCUUUACUUUUAUACAGUCUUUCGUUUUUAUCGACUGCCAUUCAUUUUUUUUUUUGCUUCAUAUCCAGUUUUCCUUUUCUUCUCUUUUUAUUUCGUUCAUUUUCCUUCUUUUUCUCCCUCCUCCUGCCCACUCUCCUUUUAUUCUAUUACUCGUCCCCCUCUUUUUAGUCUCUUUCCUUUUUUUUUCUUUCCGUUGGCUCACCCUUCUGUAUAACCUACUUUUUUCUUUCUUUUCCUCUUCUACUCACUCACUCCUAUUCCCUCUUUCUUUUGCUCACCCUUCGUAUUGUCUUUCUUUAACUCUCAUUCCUUUUUGGUCUUCUUCGCUCCUGCCCAUGUUUCUUUCUUCAUUAAGCCCCUCUUCCUUUUUUUUACUGUUCAUUCUCUUUCUUUUACCACCACCACGUCUUCGUCGUCGUCGUCGUCGCCAUCAUCAUCAUCAUCAUCAUCAUCAUCAUCAUCAUCAUCAUCAUCAUCAUCAUCAUCAUCAUCCUUCUUUUUCCUCCUCGUCUCUUCUUUCUCCUUAUAUUUCUUCUUCUUCUUCUUCUUCUUCUUCUUCUUCUUCUUCUUCUUCUUCUUCUUCUUCUUCUUCUCCUCCUCCUCCUUUUUCUUACCCCACCUCUUCCAUUUCUUCCUCCUCCUCCUCCUCCUUCUUCUUCUUACCCCACCUCUUCCAUCUCUUCCUCCUCCUCCUCCUCCUCCUUCUUCUUCUUCUUCUUCUUACCCCACCUCUUCCAUCUCUUCCUCCUACUCCUUCUUCUUUUUCUCCUCCUACACCUUCUUCUUCUUCUUACCCCACCUCUUCCAUCUCUUCCUCCACCUCCUCCUUCUUCUUUUUCUUAACCCACCUCUUCCAUCUCUUCCUCCUACUCCUCCUUCUUCUUCUCCUCCUACUCCUUCUUCUUCUUCUUCUUCUUCUUUACCCCACCUCUUCCAUCUCUUCUUCUUCUUCUUCUUCUUCUUCUUCUUCAACUCAACCUUUUCUGCUCUCUUUCACUUGUAUUUUCUUUUUCUCCAAUCCUUUUUUUUUUCACCCAACCGCAUUCUCUUUCUUUAACCUCCAAGGAAAUCCUACAAAACGAAACGCAUCUAUCUAUCUAUCUAUCUAUCUAUCUAUCUAUCUAUCUAUCUCAAAUCUCACUCUGUUCAUUAUCUAUCUAUCUAUCUAUCUAUCUAUCUAUCUAUCUAUCUAUCUAUCUAUCUCAGACUGUUUCUCAGUCCGUUCAUUAUCACUAUAUCUAUCUAUGUAA